GGAGGGAAUCUUCCCUUUUUUCUUUUGAGCUUGCGAGCAUGUGCGACCAUAAGACGUCCAGUGCACUAGGGGGCGCUCUACUCCCGACACGCGCGCCAUGCGCCCCCUCCUCUGCCUGCGCGUCACACUGUCCAACAUGGCUGCGCCCGUGGCGGGCACCUGCCGCUUUCUGUGGCGGCAUGGACUCGGCGUUCUCCUCCGGCGGACGAGUCUCCGCCUCGCGCUCAGGUCCAGGCUCCACUGCUCGUCCGCGGCACACGGCGGGCUGCUCCGCGCCCUGAACAAACGCGGCGUCCUGAAGGACUCCUUCCCGGAGAAUGCGGCGCAGGACCAGCUGCCGCGCUUGCUCCAGUCCGGCGCGCAGACCGUCUACUGCGGCUUCGACCCCACGGCCGACAGCCUCCACGUGGGCAACCUGCUCGCCGUCAUCGGCCUGCUGCACUUCCGCAGCGCCGGGCACCACGUCCUCGCGGUGCUCGGCGGCGCCACGGCGCAGAUCGGCGACCCGAGCGGCAAGACGAGCGAGCGGGAGCGGCUGUCCGCGGCCGCCGUGGAGGCGAACACGCGCAGCAUCCGCGAGAGCCUCCAGCGGAUCUUCGCCAACCACGAGCUGCACGUCCACGACGCCCGCAGGCCGCUGGGCUCCGUGGCCGUCGUGGACAACCUGAGCUGGUACAAGGACCGCGGCGUCGUGGCGUUCCUGUCGGAGGCCGGCCGGCACUUCCGCAUGGGCACCAUGCUCAGCCGCCACAGCGUGCAGUCCCGCCUGAGGAGCGCGGACGGCAUGAGCCUGGCGGAGUUCACCUACCAGGUGUUCCAGGCGUACGACUUCCACCACCUGAACCAGGUGUACGGCUGCAGGAUUCAGCUCGGCGGCGGCGACCAGCUGGGCAACCUGAUGUCUGGACACGAGUUCAUUCACAAAGUGAGUGGAGAGGAGGUGUACGGCCUGACCAUCCCCCUGGUGACCAGCUCUGUCGGGGACAAGCUGGGGAAGACGGCGGGCAACGCAGUGUGGCUCAACAGAAACAGGACGUCCCCCUUUGAACUGUACCAGUUCUUCCUCAGGCAGCCUGACGCCAGCGUGGAAGGGUACCUGAAGCUGUUCACCUUCCUGCCUCUGGCGGAGGUGGAGAGGCUGAUGGAGCAGCAGAGGGAGGAUCCAGGUAAACGGCUCGCACAUAAGCGUCUGGCUGCGGAGGUGACGAAACUGGUGCACGGAAAGGACGGCCUCGAAUCUGCCAAGAGAUGUACCAACGCACUGUACCACAGCAGCGUGCAGGCCUUGGAGGAAAUGAGCGACGAGGAGCUUCAGGAGCUCUUCAAGGAGGCGCCUUUCCAUGAGCUGCUGUUGGAGCCGGGGACCACCGUGAUAGAAGCCUGCCGCAGAGUCAACGCAGUCCCCGAGGGACCCAGAGGGUAUCAGAUGCUUUCGGACGGAGCAGUGUGGAUCAACCACAGGCGGACAGACAAACCGGAACAAGUGUUGAUCCCCAAACUCCACAUCCUGUCUAACGGACUCAGCCUGCUCAGAGUGGGCAAGAGGAACUUCUACAUCAUCAAGUGGCUCAGCCUCUGAACUCGCCUGCUCUUGGCAAUGGAACCGGUUUACUGUAAUGGACGGACUGGGAAGGUAGGCGACUACACCUUAGCAGGGUAAGAGAGGAGACAUGGAUGGACUGAUAUCUUGGUAGAUGGGCUUUGAUGUAGCUGAAACCCUUAAUGAUUGCCAUAUAAAUAUGUAUAUGUACAGAUGUGACACUUAUCAAAAGUUAAGGUAUUAAAAAUCAUUUGUUUUAAA